AUGGAACUAUACUCUUCUCUUAGCCUUGCAUGUCUUUGGGGUAUUGCGGUAGCUUCUGGCCGGCUUACGAGACGGGGGGACUCAUUCAGCCUAGCAGAUACCGCGAAUGCUUGUUCACAGGAAUGUGACAAUCAGAAUCUCGCUGGUUGCUCCUCAUCGGACCCAACGGAGGAAUUCAAAUGCAUCUGUCAAGUGGCCAUUCUACAAGAGUAUGCAGAGUGCAUCGAGUGCAUCUACCAAACUGGCGGGACAUUGGAAAUCAACGGUACGGCAACUUCGGCGAACCAGUAUCUAGAUGCGUUCCUUGCAGACUGUGACGCGGAAGGCUACGACAUUGUCUCAACUGUCUUCGAUGCAUACACGACAGGGAUCUACACCACCUCGCCUGCAUCCGCAACGUCGACCCCGGCUACGACCGCAUUUUCUACGACUGCUGCUGCGAGCGCGAAGGCCGGAAAUCAAGCACCUUCCCGGGGCGCCUCUCCAUCCAACCCGGUGUUCUUCCCGCCAACGCCAUACAAUACCACUGCUUCUUCAAGCGCCUACGAUUCCUCUGAAGGGCUCUGCAUUGUCAACUUCUUCACCGGUUGGACACCAGGUUAUCUAAAUUGUCUGUACGAUGCAAUGGUCCUUAUUCCAGAAUCGUCAUCGAGCUGUCAGGAUCAAGUCUGCACAUGGACAGAAAGCGAUCCAAAGCUCUGUUCGGGUCUCAUGUGCAACCAAGGUUCCACCAUUCCAUCUCCGAUGAUCUGUGAUGCCAUCUUCCACGACGCAAGCAAUGGUAACAGCAUCCCUCAGGUGCAACAGGCAGGUGAGGACCUGGAUAGUGUUCAGCUCUGGUAUAUCUGCAACUGCAAUGGUCCCACCCCUAGUGUGCCAGAAGAGUGUGCAGGCCCCUGCGGACAAAAUUGCCAAACGUCGCUGUCAAAAGUCACGUCAGACCUUCGUUGCAAUUACGCCGCCAUAUGCAUUGAUGGAUCGUCGGACAAUCCCCGGGAAGAUGAUACCUCGACAUGCGUCUCGCCUCUGUUUGCUCAGACCAAUGCAAGCGGGGUCGAGUAUAUCCUGUACAAUGGCGGUGUAAUCCCGUGCUCAGCUACCAGCGGACCAUUCGGCUUGGACUCGUGCGGGACCAGUGGUUCGUCGUUCAACUCUGGCAGCGCGUCCUGCUCUUGUACCGGUAAAGCUCUCAACUCGGAUCCCUGCGGUCUCGUAGACGCUACGAAUACUACAACACAGCAGCAGCAAGGUCAGAAUGGGCCAAGCACGUCCGCCACCGCUGUCACUGCCGCUUCGAAUACAACUUCACCUUCACCUUCAUCCAGUUCAGGCUCACCUGCAGCCUCGGUCUUUGGUUACAAGCAAGUCUUAUUGGGACUCGCAGUGGGGGCCGUCUUCCAUAUGCUCUGA